AUGGCCAUAAAUAAAACCAAUAUUGAUACAAAUGUUUUACCACCAGAUGUUCUAUCUUUAAUGGAUAAUCAAUUUUAUGAUUUUAUUCGUGAAUUAACAAGUUCAAAUGAAGCUGAAAUUUUGAAACUGCAACAUAUAAACAAUGUUAAUGCAUUUCUUUUAACAAAAAAUCCAUUAGAAUUAUUGGAAUUAAAUAGUUCUGAUGUCCAAGACAUCAGAAAACGUAUCUGUUUUGAAUUAGAAAAUAAAACAUUUGUUGUAAAACCAGGUAUUAAAUCAAAUCUUCAAUAUUUACAUGAUUUAUUUUGCAAAAGAAUGGAUGAACAUGUUAAAGAUAUCAAAAAGAAAACAAAAUUAUCACAAGCUACACAAGAAAGUGCUACUGAACAUCCAGAUGAUAUUAAAGCAUUCAUAUUACGAUCUAUCAAGCGAUGCUGUAGUGAUAAUCAAGAUAUUUUAAAAUUACGUGAUUUUCAACUUCAAGAAACCGAACAUUUUACUUUAAGUUUGACUGAUGAUGGAAAAGCGUUUAUUAUAUGUAAAUGUGGAGAGAAAAUUAAUUUAUAUAAAUUUCGAGGAAAAUUCCAGCUAUCUAAUUUUUAUCGACAUUACAAGGCUUCAAGCUGUUCGAUGUUAGAAAAUUUACGAAAAGAAGAAGAAGAAAAAAAUUAUCGAAUGUUAUCAGCAAUUGCUUCAACACUUCCACCAUCUGAUUCACGAACAUUACUUUUAGCAUCAGCCCAAAAUCCAAAUGGAUUAGAUAUACCAAAUAGUCCAUCUACUUCAUCACCAACAGAAUUAUCGACUAACAGAACAUCUAAACGACGUGCAGAUACAGAAAAUUCCAACAAUAUUGUAUCAACAUCGAAAAAGCAAAAGAAAUAA